UUCAUUCUUAACUCUGCCCCUCAGUGAAGCACACAAGCCGAGAGGUUGCAUUUAUAUUUUUACAAAUAUACAAAAAGAACUUUCAAGAAAAUGACCGAAGAGGUGAACCCGAAAGCAUUCCCCUUGGCCGAUGCCCAGUUGACGGCCAAGAUUAUGAAUUUGUUGCAACAGGCGCUCAACUAUAAUCAGUUGAGAAAAGGAGCUAACGAGGCCACCAAGACAUUGAAUCGUGGUCUGGCUGAUAUUGUGGUGCUGGCUGGUGAUACAGAGCCAAUUGAGAUUCUGUUGCAUCUGCCGCUGCUGUGUGAGGACAAGAAUGUGCCGUAUGUGUUUGUGCGCUCCAAGCAGGCAUUGGGCCGUGCCUGUGGUGUUUCUCGUCCCAUUGUGGCCUGCUCUGUGACCACCAACGAGGGCAGUCAGCUGAAAUCACAGAUUACAUCCAUACAGCAAGAAAUAGAAAGGCUGUUAGUUUAAGUUAAAAGAUGAUUCUUAAAAUGCGUACAAAUAUAUAAACUGUAUCAAUAAUAAAGGAAACAUAUUUUU